AUGACAGAGCAGCCUGCUCAGCCAUCUGGCUCUCAUGUCACGCUUGAUGAUCCCGCUGAGCCGGCAGACAGCGCAACGCCCGAAGCGAUUCCUCAAAAUGCAGCAACGAGCACCGAGCCCGUCGUGACGGCACGACGUAAGCGACCCCGUCUCAACUUGCCGCCUGCCAAUCCAGAGUUGGAUGAGGACGGUAUGCCCAUCAUCUUGCAACAGCAGUGGCCACCGCCCGCGUACGACGAGCAUGGCAAUCUGUACAAGAAGAAAGGCAGACCCAAAGGAGCUACUGCUGCCAGACGACUCGAGCUAGAAGCUGCAAAGCGGAUGUUACAACGUGCAAACAAGAAGGAACUUUCACUUGAUCCCACGCUGCCCGUCUUGGGACCUGAUCUCACCUUUGUUGACCCUCAAACGGGUGAGGAACUCGAGGGAGAAGUGAAACGACAGGCGAGGAGAGCUGCUGUGGCUGCUCGCAAAGCCGAGCGGGAGGCCGAGGAAGCGGAGCGUCAGAAGGCGAUAUCCAUCGAGCAGGAGAGAGAGCGCGCAAGGAUUGCGGAACGGGACAGAAAUAGAGCCAAGAAACCUAAACCGCGUCAGGACAGCAUCAUACCAGAAGAAAUCGAAGCUUUCUCAGACGGACAGUCAGAACGAACGCAAAGCAGUCUUGAAGGCAACGAUAUUGCCUCAUCGGACGAUUCUCAGGCAGAUCCAGAGCAGGAUAGCCUAGACCGCCGCCGGUCUCGUUCGCUCUCGGCCUAUGAUCCUUCGGGCGACGAGAAGCCGACGCGAGCGAGACAGCCCGUCCGCCAACGACGCAAGCGUGCAACAGUAUCGCACACGAGGCCUGACCUAGGCCAGCUUUCGUCUCUUGUGGAGCCUGUUCGACCUCUACUCGAAGUGCACACUUUCAAUAAGGCGCGCACAACAGCGAAUGAACCAGACAGCGUCGUAUCCCAAGUUGCCCUGGAACUUACCUUCAUUUCGAAUGCUGGCGCCUUGGCACACAAAGCAUUUUCGCUCCAUGAUCCGCAGCCACAGUCUGCAGACACAGUCAUGCGUCGCAAGCAAGCCUUCACAUCUGCUUUCAAGGUCCUCGAUCCAGACACUGCCGAUUGUCGAGCAUAUCUCCCAAAUGGUCUUCGAAAUGUCGAGACAAGAGAGACCAGAGAUCCUCGCCAGGCUGAAAAGAUAGACCAAGUCAAUACAAAGCAAUCUGCAACUGACAACCAUCUCUUCUGCCGCCUCGUUCCUCGUGUAGAAGGACAGGCGGAAGAUCUGAGAGCUCUGCGUUCCUUCGAGUCGCUGCAUCUCGCCAACGACUUCAGCCAAUUUCCCGCGCUUUUGAUCAACGCCGGCGCCCAAGUCUCAAGUCUCGCGUGGUGUCCGGUCGAGAAUUCUGCAGAUCAUACAUACUUGGCGAUUGCGACGCUCGACAGUGAGCAGCCGAUUCCCCUCUUGCCCGAUUCCGGCCGUCAAAAGGGCGGCAUACAAAUUUGGCAAUUCGCGUCGUCUGGUUUGAGUCGUCCCGUGCUCGCUAUGAUGAUCUGUCUCGAUGUAGGCCAUGUCACUCAGAUCAGAUGGAUUCCUGCCCCUUGCUACGCGAGCGAGCUGAUGGGUACCUUAUCGCUCGUAUCUACAAGUGGUCUCGUCUAUCUACUGGAUGUUCCUUUGCCAGUGGAUCAAAGCGAAGAGCAAGUAACGGUCUAUCUGCGGCCCAAAGCAGCCUUAGCCGAGCUCGAGCUCGAUCUCGGCGCGAUGAUCAGCAUCGACUGGAUUUCAGGGACCGAGCUCGUUGCGGGUACCACCACGGGUCAGUUGGCUAGAUGGCACGUCGAGCGAGACGAGUCGCUCAGGUCAUGGCGUGCGCGUUUGCUAGCGAUGCGAGGUUGCGCAAAUGGGCCUAUACAUGCCGUCGGUCAGGUGUCGCCCACAGCCACGCUUGCCACCUCGCUGGAUGGCUUCAUUUACAUCAUAGAUUGGCGACACGUAUUUCAGAUCAGCCGGCUUAAUGAAGAAGCAGAUGUUACUAUUCGUGCUGUCUGGUCAUCACAGCGCAAAGCGAUCAUACACACCAAUCUUGAAGGCCAAGCGCUUGCUGCAGUGGUCGGACGACCAUCCGAAAUCGUUCUUGCUGACGGACGAGCACCCUAUUUUGCCCUAGUAACAUCUUUGCACCAUUCGCUUGUCGCGCUAGCGUCAGCAAGCGGCGCAGUCGAGCUCAUUGACAGUGCUCUGACCGGCGUGCAGUCAAGUCGCACGAUCUAUACACUCAAGCGGGGUCGUCUGUCAAAUGAGCUUGCUUUGUUUCCCGGUACGUCCGGCGAGCGGCAAUUCUUCUUUGACGACGCCAAACGAACUCCAGCAAGCGUCAAUCCGGCAAACUAUGCGCCCGAGCAAGCAGCCCUUGUCUGUGCAUGGCAUCCCUCACAUCGCUGCACUGGACUGCUUGCUAGCGGCCAUUACAACGGCAUAGUCCGGAUCGAUUGGUUCAAUGAAGAGCGCGACGAUGCGUGA